AUGUCCUAGGGAAGAAUGGCCCCAGAGAAUGACUCUUCAGUGACCGAGUUCAUCCUGCUGGGUUUAACACAGGAGCCAGAACUCCAGCUGCCUCUCUUUUUCAUUUUCUUAGCAAUUUAUGUGGUCACUGUGGUGGGGAACGUUGGCUUGAUUAUUCUUAUUGGCCUGAACCCUCACCUGCACACUCCCACGUACUAUUUUCUCUUCAAUCUUUCCUUCCUUGAUCUCUGCCACUCCUCUGUCAUUACUCCUAAAAUGCUGAUGAGUUUUGUGAGCCAGAACAUCAUCUCUUAUGCAGAGUGCAUGACUCAGCUCUGCUUCUUCUCCUUCUUUGUUAUUGAUGAGUGCUGUAUUUUGACGUCAAUGGCCUAUGACCGAUACGUGGCCAUCUGUAAGCCCCUGCUUUACAAGGUCUCCAUGUCCCAUCAGGUCUGCCUCAUGCUGACGGUGGGUGUAUACAUGAUGGGGCUUGUGGGUGCCAUGGCCAAUACUGGGUGCGUGCUGCGAUUCUCCUUCUGUGAUGGAAACAUCAUCAAUCACUACAUGUGUGACAUUCCUCCUCUCCUCCAGCUCUCCUGCACAAGCACCUCCAUCAACGAGCUGGUGGUUUUCAUUGUGGUGGGUGUCGAUGUCAUAGUGCCCAGUGUCACCAUCUCCAUUUCUUACACCUUGAUCCUCUCCAACAUCCUCCACAUCCGUUCUGCAGAGGGCAGAUCCAAAGCCUUCAGUACCUGCAGCUCCCACAUAAUCAUGGUUUCUCUUUUCUUUGGAUCAGCCGCAUUCAUGCAUCUCAAGCCUUUUCCUGCUAGGUCUCUGGAUGAAGAUAAAAUGUCCACAGUUUUUUACACCAUUGUGGGGCCAAUGGUGAAUCCUUUCAUCUACAGUUUGAGGAACAAAAAUAUCCAAGUUGCAGUGAGUAAGACUUUGAAGAAAAUGGAGUUCCAAAUGAAGUUUGUUACUAUUUGUUAGUAUUAUUUGUUACUAAUAAUUAGUAUUAUUUGUUACCAAUAAUUGGUACUAUUUGUUACUAGCAAUUGUUACAAAUAUUUCUCUUUCCCUCCCCUGUGAGAACCAAGAUAGUUCUUUCUCAGAUCUUCACUGUGAGAACCUACUAGGGUGUUUUACGGGUAAAAUCCAAGAAAGUGUGGCAGUCCCCUAAAACUGUGGCUCCUAUGGUGUGUUGCAAGUCUUUGAGGUUGCAAAGAGUCAGGUAUGACUUAGUGACUGAAUA